GCUGCUCUGUGCUGGAUUCCCUCUUCCUCCUUCCCCUCUCCUCGGCCGUCCCCAGACGUCAUCCUCGUCGUCACCGUCGAGAAAGAGCAGAGCGGCGGGCUGAGUGAAAACCCCACUUUGUUGUUAUUGUUGUCUCUGCUCCGCUUCUCCCUCCCCGGGGAGCGGAAACUCGUCCGCGCGGCCAGAAUGUACAUGCAAAAAAACACAGACCAGUUGCAGCGGAGCUGACCCAUAGAUCUGACAGUUCAAGAUGGAUAAAUGUAGGCAUGUGGGCCGGUUACGGCUGGCUCAGGACCAUUCAAUAUUAAAUCCUCAAAAAUGGCACUGUGUGGAUUGUAACACUACAGAAUCUGUGUGGGCUUGCCUGAGCUGCGCACAUGUGGCAUGUGGUCGAUACAUCGAAGAGCAUGCACUGCAACACUUCCAGGAAAGUAAGCAUCCUAUGGCACUGGAGGUGAAUGAACUUUAUGUAUUUUGUUACCUUUGCGAUGAUUAUGUUCUCAAUGACAAUGCCACUGGUGACCUUAAACUUUUACGUAGCACAUUGAGUGCGAUCAAAAGUCAAAACUAUGACUGCACAACACGUAGCGGUCGGACAUUACGGUCAAUGGUAGCUGUUGAUGACUCGUAUAGCGCUCAUCAAGGUGCUAAAGCACUUCUUCAAACUGAAGACCUGACGUUUACAGCUCUGUGGCAUCGAAGACAUGCUCUGUUGGGAAAAGUGUUUAGAUCAUGGUUGGCUUUGACGCCAAGAGGUAAACAAAGGUACGAAGAAGAACGCCUCAGGGAGGAGGCUGAAAGAAAGCGGGAGGAAGCUAGGAAAAGGCGCCAGCUCCAGAAGCACAAAUUAAAAGAAGAGUUAGAAAGUACCCCCCCAAGAAAGAGUUUCCGCUUGCAACAGCAAAUACAAACUCCUCCACAGAUUGUGCCACCAACAAUGCAGAAACCCUACCAAAAAACUGUACCUACCGCAAAACGAAAAACAUCACAGCCUACCUCUAACGAAGUACGUAAGAAAAAAUUGGGCGAUUCUCCAAUAAAAAGGAAACCCACUGUGAUCCCUGGGGUGACAGGACUGAGGAACCUGGGGAACACUUGCUAUAUGAACUCUAUUCUUCAAAUUUUGAGUCACUUGCACGUGUUCCGGGAGUGUUUCUUACAGCUUGAUCUCACUCAAACUCAGGAGUUAUUGACAGCUGCAGCCAAUGGAAAAAUCAGAUCCUCCAGCCAAAUCCCUCCUGCUGCAGAUUUAGCUAGCAUAGCAAAAAAGCACACAAACGUGGAGAGGUCUUUGGUAAAGCGCCAAGGCUCUUCAUCUGGCCUUAGUGGCGGAGCAUCAAAGAGUCGAAACAUGGAACUCAUUCAACCUAAACCUAGCUCAGCACACAUUUCUCUUUGUCAUGAGUUACAUACUCUCUUCCAAGUCAUGUGGUCGGGUAAAUGGGCACUGGUCUCCCCCUUUGCCAUGCUCCAUUCAGUCUGGAGGCUGAUACCAGCCUUUCGUGGAUACGCACAGCAAGAUGCUCAGGAAUUCCUUUGUGAACUUUUGGAUAAAGUACAACAAGAACUGGAGACAACUGGGACCAGGUACCCAACCCUGAUUCCCAGCUCUGAGAGGAAACUCAUUAAACAAGUCCUGAAUGUGGUCAACAACAUUUUUCAUGGGCAGCUUCUCAGCCAGGUAACUUGUCUUGCCUGUGAUAAUAAAUCUAAUACAAUAGAACCCUUCUGGGACUUGUCACUGGAGUUUCCGGAGAGGUAUCACUGCAAUGGCAAGGAGACUGCCUCCCAGCGACCUUGCCUACUGACUGAGAUGUUGGCCAAGUUCACCGAGACGGAGGCAUUAGAAGGAAAGAUCUACGCCUGUGAUCAGUGCAACACAAAACGCAGGAAAUUUUCAUCAAAACCAGUUGUCCUUACAGAAGCCCAGAAGCAACUGAUGGUGUGUGGCCUACCUCAAGUUCUGAGACUGCACCUCAAGAGGUUCAGGUGGUCAGGUCGCAAUCAUCGUGAGAAAAUCGGGGUGCAUGUCCAGUUUGACCAGAUGCUAAGCAUGGAGCCAUAUUGCUGUAGAGAAUCUACUGCAAACCUGAAGCCAGAUUCUUUCAUUUAUGAUUUGUCUGCUGUAGUGAUGCAUCAUGGGAAGGGAUUUGGUUCUGGGCAUUAUACAGCCUUCUGCUACAACCCAGAAGGAGGGUUCUGGGUACAUUGUAAUGACUCCAAGUUGCACACUUGCACAGCUGAAGAGGUCUGCAAGGCACAAGCUUAUAUCAUAUUCUACACCCAGCGUGUCACUCAGGAGAAUGGACACUUGUCUAAUAGGCUUUUGGCUCGCGGUACCCCAUCUAGCAGUCCGCCGUCCACACCCUGCUGAGAUACAGGAAACUGAACAUAAUGGCAGCUUACAGUCCGUGUGUAACGGACUCUAUUCCCCAGUCACUUGGGAGAAGCAAAGUUUAUAAAGUGAACAAGAUUGCCCAGUAUGAUCUGGGCUGAACAAAUUUGUAUGAAUUUUGAUGUUUUUGAGUAGGUUGCUAAACGUCACCAAACCACCUAAGCAGAAGGUGUCAGCACCACAACGUAAAAAUGUGAUAUUUCUCAUGUACAUUAUGUUUAUACAGUUUUGUAUGGUAUUAAGCACUCAAAAAUAGAAUAAAAUGAUUUUAACAUUUG